AUGGUCACUGCUGCUGACUUGGGAAUAGUUGAAGCGGCGCAUGCGGCAGACUCGGAAUAUAUCCUCCGACAAUAUAGCACAAGAGGAUACCAAUCUUUAUCUCUCAUUGCACCCAUUGCAUACACUGGGUAUGCCCUUGCACGGCGAAGACCCUGGUCAAUUCAGCAAACACUUCGUGCAACGUGGAUGGGUGGAUUGGGCGGUGCCGUCGCUGGAGCAGGUACAGGAUGGGCUUGGGCUACGUCCAGUAGCCCCGAAAGAGUACAUAGGGUCAGGGUCAAGAUGGCAUAUGACCGUAGCCUCCUUCGAUUGAAUGACCACGCAACGAUUGGGAUGCUCUUGGGUGCAAUGUUGACACCUGCUAUAUUUCUUAAGCGGGCACGGGUGCUCGACCUUCUCCUAGGUGGCGCUGGCUUUGGGACAUCUGCUGGUAUGAUGGUACAUUGGUGGCGAUCCAUCACCGAAUCGGAUCCCCAGGUACCAUCCUCACCUGUAAAACCUACACCCGUUGCAUAG